AUCGGUUGACUUUAAGACGACUCAUACGUAUUUAUUCCGACGAGGAUCAAGACGCGCAGAGAAAAAGUAACCUGUUGGUAAACGAACCAAGUCAGUAAGGUGCGGUCAGUCCUACGAGAAACAUCACUUCAGCAACAGUUUUUUUUUCUUCUCAAUUUUAACUUGAAAAUAUUCAAUCACAUACAUAUUUUUUGGGAACUUUAUUUUUUUGCUAAAAAUUUGUGCCGUGCAUCAUAUAGAAAUCAUAAAAUAAAUACAGUGUGCAUCAUCAUAACCAAAUCAUCUUAUUAUCCAAGUGAUAACAUAAAGUGUAAAAAGUGUAAAAAAUACGAAAAAUUUGUGAAUACGCGUGCGCAACAAGAUGGUUUCAUCAUUUAACAUGUCGCAAUAUAUGCCUGGAUAUCCUUUUGGUGGUCAAGGAAGAUAUAAUCAGCUCGGUGGCAGCUUCAUAAAUGGCAGACCAUUGCCACACCAAAAGCGUGUACAAAUCAUUGAAAUGGCUGCAAAGGGAAUUCGACCAUGUGAGAUUUCACGUACAUUACGAAUCUCGCAUGGUUGUGUAUCGAAAAUUUUGAAUCGUUACCAAGAAACUGGUUCCGUUCGUCCGGGCGUCAUCGGUGGAUCAAAGCCUCGUAACACAACACCUGAAAUUGAAGCAAAAAUUUUGGAGAUUCGUAAACAAGAUCCAAAUAUCGACACAUGGCAGAUCAAAGACAAGCUCAUUCAAUUGGGCAUUUGUGACAAAAAUUCAGUGCCAUCCGUUACAUCGAUCAGUCGUUUGUUACGCGGUGGUCGUUCUAGCAGUUCAUCGAAUGGUUUAGUUGGUAAUUCUUCAUGCGGCGAUGAUAGCUCUGGUGAAAGUGAUAUUGAUUUUGAACCGGGUUUGGCUUUGAAACGCAAACAACGUCGGUCACGUACCACAUUCACAAAUGAACAAUUGCAAGAGCUUGAAGCAUCGUUUUUAAAAAAUCAUUAUCCCGAUGUGUAUUCACGUGAAGAGUUGGCACAAAAAACGAAACUAACCGAGGCACGCGUUCAAGUUUGGUUUUCAAAUCGACGUGCACGUCUACGCAAAAACUCAAAUCCACAUGAAAUGUCACCGUUGCCGGAGGGCCUAUCAAAUUUACCAUUGCAUUUUUCACCACAAUUUCCACAACAUCUUUCGCUGCCCGAUGGUGGUGCACCAACAAUGCCAUUAUCAUCAUGGUCAUCAUCUGGAAUAAAUUAUAAUAUGAGCUCACAACAAGCUAGUGCUCAUCAUUUAAACUCGUUACAAUACAAUCCAAACACUUACGGCCACCAUUUUAAUACAUCACUUUUAUCAUCAACAAAUAAUAAUACAUCAUCACUAAGUCCACCAUCAAGCACUUCGGCCAGCCCACAUUCAUUGAGCCCACCAAGCAGUACACCAAACAGCAUUGGACACGUACCAUAUUCAACGUCAAUCGAUUCGACAAAUCAAUUGUCAUCCGGUUUUAGUUUGGCCUCAUCGAAUUUAAAUCAAUCCAGUACAUACAAUAAUCUGGCACCAGUUUCCAGUGGAUACCAAACACAUGCCCAUUCCACAAUUGUCGAUAGCAGCCAUUGGCGUUCACAUGCACCACGUUCACUUGAAUGGGAUAGCUACGGUCCGUUCUUUCCAAGCAACAUGAGCACAUAUCAAACAUCAAGCACAUCCACAUCGCCAGCCGGUUCAUCAAUCGCAUCUAGUAUCAGUGAUGUUAAACCAAUCUCAUCCAAUUACCCAUAUUUCGGUCAGUUUAAUUUCGAUUGGAAAACCGACGGACACAUCUAAAAUGUAAAUGUCUUUUUCCCCCGAUUUUCAACUAGUGUUAUAAGUUAAGAAUCGACAUUUUUCGACGAUUCCGAUUUGAUACCAUUAUCUUUACCGUUUUAGUAGCAGUUUAAUGUUGAACUUAGUCAUAAAAACGAGUAGAUUUAUUUCGUUCAUCAAAUUUAAUUAGAAAUUUAAUUGCUUCUAAGUUAUUUUUUUUACAACAAUUCACACAUUUCAUCUAAAAAUAUUUGUGAGAAUUAUUGCAAACCACUCGACUACAUUUCUACUUAAAAUUACCGCCUUAUGUACACUAUUAUACUUAUGUACUAUUAUGAUUAUUAGAUUAUAGUUUCGUUUU